AUGGAAGGAACUUUGAUCGGAUACAGUUGGAUUCAGCUCUUGUACGCGCUGUUAUGUUCGAUCCUCAUUACGUUUUUCCUCCUUCCUCCACUGUGUUUUUUUCUCAAGGAGAUUGUUUGGUUACUUUUUGUGGAGAGGAUUUUCGAGCUGUUCCUCUUCUUGAUCGCCCUAGCAUGUGUUUCAUGCUAUCUCUUCAGGCAUAAUGGAGACUACUGUGAGGAGGAGGACGAGGAGCUUGAUUUUCCAGUUCCUUCGUCUGAUCUGCAUUCUGAUCUUCCCUAUCAUCCCUAUCUGCAUUCUGAUCAGCCCUAUCUGCCGUAUCUGUAUUUUGAUCAGCCCUAUCCGCCGUAUCUGCAUUGUGAUCAGCCAUAUCCGCCGUAUCUACAUUGUGAUCAGCCCUAUCCGCCGUAUCUGUAUUGUGAUCUGCCCUAUCCUGAUCCGCCGUCAUCUCUGUACCUCGCUCCAGCUUUUGAGAUACAUUGUUCUACUUUCCCUCCGUCUCCGCUUUCAUGUCCUGUUCUUGAUCCGUCUCAUCAGGCUUCAGCUUUCCCUCCGUCGCCACCUUCAUGUCCUGUUCUUGAUCCGUCUCUUCAGACUUCAGCUCUCCCUCCGUCUCCGCCUUCAUGUCCUGUUCUUGAUCCGUCUCAUCAGGCUUCAGCUUUCCUUCCGUCUCCACCUUCAUGUCCUGUUCUUGAUCUGUCUCUUCAAGCUUCAGCUUUCCCUCCGUCUCCGCCUUCAUGUCCUGUUCUUGAUCCGUCUCAUCAGGCUUCUCAGACUCCGGAGACGAUGUCCUCUGAUCCUCCGCCAUUGUCUCGGCCUUCGUCGCCACAGCUGUCCCUGCAUUCGGCUAGCUCAUCUCCGAUCUCGCUGUCUUCGCCACCUCCUCCACCUUUCAGAAUGAAGCCUUGGAAGGCCUUCAUUCAAGGGGAUUACGCUUGGAUAGCAAGCGACGUGAGCCUCAGCAGCUCUGACGAUUCCGAUUUUAGAGAUGUGGAUACGAAAGCUGAUCGGUUUAUCACAAAAUUCAAAAAUCGGCUCAAGGCUGAGAAAGGGAAGACGGCGUAA